AUGGCACACGACACCACAAAUCGCUGUGUACCAAUCCCACUUCGCCUAGAAGUCACAAAGUCACAACCCAUCAAAAACGAAGAAGCGCUAGCCAGUAUAUCAAGCUCCCUAAGAAACAAGUACCUAAGUCCUGGUACACUCAAUACAUUACAAACUAUAUACGACGGUCUCCAGGAAGUUAUUCAAAACACAGAUAAGAAACCAAAUUCUGAAAAAGUGACAGUAAUAGCCUCGUCUUCAAAACGCGGGAUAGAGCCAUCAUCCUUACCAUCAAAAGAAAAAAAGGCUGGCGAAAAAGUGACGACACGCACAGUUUCAGAAUAA